AUGAUGAACGGGGCGUGGUGGCAAGAGGCUGUGCUGGACCAUAACAGGGGAGCAGCCGCGCUUGAAGAGCUCUUCGAUCGGGGCACCACAAGGACACCAGGGGUCGUGCUUGCGCAUGAGCGUAGGCUUCGCGAGCUCAAUAGCACCUUGCACACCUGUUUGCAAAAGUUGCACGCUUUUCGUAAGGCAGCAGAGCAGCUUCCCGCAGAAGAGAGGCGUCGCUUGCUGGUAACGCUUUGGCGACAAACCUCAAUCAUCCACUUUAACCGAGCACUUUUAAGGCUGUUCAACGGGGACGUGUUCGAAAGUCGCCUCGAAGCGCAGACGUCCUUUCGUUGUGCGAGAAGCGCUGCAGAGCUCCGUCUGGUCGGAAUGCUAGAACCGACACCGACCAUCGAGAUAGAGCAGCCGCAUACUCGUUUUGGUGACGACGCCGACAUGAUGUUUUCAACAACUUUGCCGGCGGACCUUGGUUGGUCCACUGCAGAUGCCGCCCUUGCCCUGGAGCCAGCACUUUUGUUGGUAUCUUUAUGGAUGUGUUCUGGAAACAGCGAGGAUCUAGUAUCUGCGGAGAUGUACUGGGAAUGCAAUGUAGCGCCACUGGUGAGUCUGCUGCAGAAGGCAACACCCCUAUCUGACGAGCAGCUCUCAGCCAAACUUGGGAAAGUCCAAAUCCUCCAGACGUUGCUAGAGUGGCGCAGAGGUUGCCGCUCCGCAGAGCACUUCAAGAAACUCUCGGGAUCUCCUCAGGCGGCAUACUUGAAAAUGAUAGGCGCAUUCUUGCUUGGUGAUCGGCGUGUAGCCGCUUCCACAAUUGAGACAUACGGGUCUGGUUACCGCCACGAGGACGCGCUGCGGCUCGCAGAACGUGUCGACACUCGAUCGCACUGCGCGAGGACAGGGUACACACCCAGGAACGGUGCACCGCGAGGUGAUGCCCACGUGCUCUACCAGUCAAAGGCAUUGAUGCAGCGAGGUGACUGGAAUGCUGCCAUUCGUCUACUGAGAGCCCUCAACGAGAAAAUGCUGUCAACUGUGGGUCACGUGAACGCGUCACUGGCUAGCGAUCGACAUGCGAGGCGAGAAAUAUCAGUGACGUCUCCAGAUGACCCCGAGGUGCGAUCACGGGGUCUCGACGAGGUGCGCGCGUCGAGCAAACCCCUCGAUGAGAGCGCGAACGAGAGGCUGCCCACUAAUCGACAUGAAUUCGUCCAAACGACAUGCACGGAAGCUCGAGCACCCUCGAGCUUGAUAAUGACAAAGCUGGGAUUUACCCAAGGAGAUCGUGGCGUGGUCUGGGCAUGGAAAACAGCGCCCUCCGAGGCACGUGCUCUGCUCUGUGCAUCUGCAUUAGCGACUGCCCUAGCGUGUGUUCGUCGAUGGGAUGAUUGUUGGUCGGUUUAUCACGAAUUUCGACGCCGCUGUGGAUGGAAUUUAUGGGCCGACACGAGUAUCAGCUUCCUACGGGGACUGGUGGAUGACUGGCGGCGUACACUGCAGACCGCUCACGCACAGAUGCUGCUUAGCUACAGCGAAGCGCUGUUGCAUCUGGGAUUUCGAGAGCAAGCUUUGAAAGUUCUUCGCAAGUUCUGGUCACAAUACGGGGAAAUCGAUUGGGAUCCAGCGGUGCACAUGCACUUGCGAACACGCCACGCCAUUCUCCAGGCAGAGUGCGCUAUUCACGGUGGUGAAGCGCCUGAGACGAUACGCGCCUGCCUCACUGAAGCGCGAAUGCAUCUGGCUGCCGGUGCCGCAUCGUUGCCAGCUGCGACGCAGGGUAUGCAUGAAUACCUUGUAGGGAUGAUUACGAAUGCGGAGGCCUUGAUUGCACUCACCAGCGGCACCGCAUGCAGUCAGUCGAUCCUGGGUCUGCUGGAGACGGCCGCCAAAAAGUCUCGUUAUCAUACUGCCGUGGUUUACAACUUGACGCUCUUUAUUUGGGCAAGAAUGGGUCACAUUACGCGAGCGCUACGCUUAUGGCUCCAUCACCGAGGUAUCGAUCCGGAUCACCCCAAUGCCGCAGACAACGACAAGCUCAGGGCGGACGCCGCUCCAGACGCGCAGCUGGAGCCCUUCGAAACACUGACACGAGCUUGCAUCGCACUGCGACAGCAGCAAAUCGCCGACGAGCAGGCGCUCCAGAAUCUCGACUUCCUCGAACAGAUCAUCAACUGA